AUGACUUCUGUCAUUUUGGAGACUUCUCUGGGAGAAAUUACGCUUGAGCUAUAUUGGGAUCAUGCACCCAAGACGUGUAAGAAUUUUGCGGAGCUGGCUAAGCGCGGUUACUACAACAAAGUAAUCUGGCACAGAAUCAUUCCUGACUUUAUGGCUCAAAGUGGUGAUCCAACUGGCACUGGACGAGGUGGAACGAGCAUCUAUGGGCCCAAGUUUGACGAUGAGAUACAUCCCGAUUUACGAUUCGUUGGAGCAGGCAUUCUCGCCAUGGCGAACGCUGGACCCGACACAAAUGGUUCGAAGACUAUUUAUGAUGCUUAUGGGUCUCAAUUUUUCAUCACUCUAGCUCCGACACCCUACUUGGAUGGCAAGCAUACAAUCUUCGGGCGAGUAAGUGGUGGGAUGCGAGUCGUUCAACGACUCGGCGCUGUAGCUACGGACGGGCAAGAUAGGCCUAGGGAAGACAUCAGGAUCCUCAAAGGAAGGGUUGUCACCGAAAAUUAA